CACACUCUUAUCAGCGGACGCUCUGCACUGCCUGACUUCCCUCUAUGGUUAGUGAGUGAGGCUAAAGCUGCGGUUCCGGGAUACGUGUUUCCGGCGCCGGCGAAUGCUGAGAUCAUCACUGAGACAAGAUGGUUUUGUUGGAGAGUGAGCAGUUUCUCACAGAACUGACGCGUUUGUUCCAGAAAUGCCGGACAUCGGGGAGUGUUUAUAUUACACUAAAAAAAUAUGAUGGUCGAACGAAGCCAGUUCCUCGGAAAGGCCAGUCUGAGAGUUUUGAACCAGCAGAUAACAAAUGUCUUUUGAGAGCGUCGGACGGAAAGAAGAAAAUCAGCACAGUGGUCAGCUCAAAAGAUGUCAACAAGUUCCAAAUGGCCUACUCCAACCUGCUACGGGCGAAUAUGGAUGGACUGAAAAAGAAAGACAAGAAGAGUAAAAACAAGAAGAGCAGUGCUGCUCAAUAACGGACUUGCUUCCUUGUACCUGACCCUCCCAAUGCAAGUGAUGGGUAUAAAGAAUAUUCUUGCUGGGCUGGAUGGCUAGAAAUGGUUAAACUUUUAAUUUACUGCAUCUCUGCUGCUGAGAUCAUAUUAUUUUUUUUAUUUUUUUUUAAUAUCCAGAUGUAAAGGAGUUUUACUGCUCAUAUUCUGUGUCCUGUUGGGGCACGUAUGGUUUGUUCAUUAAAGAAAACGCUAAAUUUCA